AUGUCAGGUCUAUGGAAGCGGUCCAUCGAGAAAAUCCGACAACGGGAAUACCUAUCCGGAAGGCGAGCAGAACGUACCAGGCCACUCGAAGAAGACGCUUCUGAGCAUGGCGGCGCGCCCGAGACGAACUCAGGCGCAGCGCAUAUACAAGCAGCAAUGACAGAGGAUCUGGCAGGCCACCGCGUCCAUCACACAGAUGGUACAGCAGACAUCGCUGCUGCGCCUCGAGCGCGCCAUGAUGGCGUUGCGGAGAGAGCUCUAAUGAAGCAGCAAGAAGCCGUCAGACGUGAGAAGGCUGGGAGCCUGGCGCCUGUCACCCAAAAAGUGCCGGAUUCCAAGGAGUAUUGGGGUCCUGUGAGAGACCUGAGCGAUGACAGACUGAACGCCUUGCUCCGGCGAGUGACGUCGCCUGAGUCGCAGUUCAAGCGCGUCAACCGUCUGAAUGGCGCCUUCAAUGUGGCAUACAUCAUGGUGAACUCGCAGGGUAAGAAACUCUGCGUCCGAGUGCCGGCUUGCGGGUGGAGUGAGCGCUGGAACCAGACGGACGCCGACCUUCUGCGCGCAACGGCGCUUGGCAUGAAGUACAUCGAGAAGACGUCGCAAUUGCCGAUUCCUCGGAUUCUGUCGUACGAUGCCACGAUGGACAACGAAAUCGGCGCGCCGUAUAUAGUCAUGACCUUCCUCGAGGGUACGAGCCUGUCCACUCUGUGGGAGCAACAAGACGAGAGUCCUGACAUUUUGGAAGCUCGGCGGCAGAACAUACUGCAGAGUCUGGCUCGAAUCAUGUGCACGCUGGCAACGACCACCUUCCGCACGGCUGGUACGCUUUGGUUCCCCGGCGACGAUGAGAGUGAUCCCGUCGUUGGGUGCAGUUACCGCCUCGACACCAGAAACAUCUUCAUGUUGCGCCGCAAGUUUCUCAGAUUCUCAUCGCAAGAUUCUGUUGCAGAUCAGCUGCUCCAGGGGAGGGACGAGCGCUAUGACGCCGACGGAUUUCCAGAUGAGUGCACCACCAGAGUCGAACGAGGAGUGCUGGCACUUUGGGGAUUGAUGAUUGAUGCAUUCCUCCAAAGCGCAACGCUUGACGAAGGAUGUCCGGAAUUCGUGCUGAUGCAAUCCGACUUCAAUCCUCAAAACAUUCUCGCGGACGAGCAAGGCAAUGUCACCGGCAUCAUCGACUGGGACUGUCUCGAGAGUAUCCCACGGCAGAUUGGCUGGUGCUCGGUUCCACACUGGCUGGAAGCGGACUGGUAUCCGGACUGGAAGUGGCCGCCGGAUCUUGGAACUGCGACGACUGCUAAGCCAGACGACUUCGAGAGGUAUCGUGCCGACUACUCCAGAUACAUACGAGAAGCCUGCCCGAAUGAAGUCGAUGUGCGGUUCACGUCGAAGAGCCACAUCUAUCAGGCUUUGCUGGACUCGACCGAGCACUUUGAAAAGGUCGAGAACUUCGUGUACAAUGUCCUGGCGGAUAUUUUACCACGCAAUUCCUACCCGCGUGGACACGUCGGCAGUAUUGGGGAGUAUGGGUAUAGGAAUGGGGAAAAGGAGUGGCUAGAGGCGAGACUCCUACGAUACUUUGCACCAGAUGAUGGAUGCCCGACCGUGUGAUUGACUGAUGCUGGUGUCGUUGGGUGAGGGAUGAGGUUCCUGAGCUGGAACGGACUAAGGUACACUGGAGGGCAGAGGGCAAGGAAGUUGAGUCAGCAACGGAUGCUGCCGUCCUCUCCUGCCCUGCUAUAGCUCUACACAUCCAUCGUGUCUUCUGCAUUUCUGACAUCAGAUUAAUACAAUGUUUUCAGUUAUUGCCAUCGG